AUCAAAUACACCAAUUUCUGCAUAUAAAAUAGCAUUAUGAAAUAAUCGGGUUAUAACGGGCAUAUUAAACAAAAUCACCACAUAACUUGUUGGACACAAGUAUAGAAGGGUCAUAUUUUGGGGAUAACUUUAAGGGAACCAGUUAAAGAACAAGCAUGAAGAUUCUAAUAACAGGAGGUGCGGGAUAUCUCGGCUCAACAAUGAUUCCAAUGUUGUUGGAAAAAGGUCACGAGGUCACGCUCUAUGACCUUUUCUUCUGGGGUAUAAGCCCCUUAUUACCAAUAGCAGACGACGCAAACCUUCACAUUAUCAAAGGUGACAUCCGUGAUAGGGAACAUCUCUCUAGUGUGAUGGCGGGAAAGGACGCCAUAGUUCAUCUAGCAGCUAUUGUCGGCUACCCAGCAUGUGACAAAGACCCAGAAUGCGCCAUUAACACAAAUAUCGAAGGUACAAAAAAUAUUACGGAAUUCAAAACUGCUAACCAAAUAUUAGUUUAUGCCAGCACAGGCUCAUGCUAUGGCGCUGUCGAAGGACUGUGUACGGAAGAGACGAGCAUAAGUCCACUGACACUAUAUGGCAGCAGCAAAGCGGAAGGGGAGAAAAUGGUUCUUGCCGUUGGUGGAAUCGCGCUAAGACUUGCAACUGUGUUCGGUUUGUCACCACGCCUUAGGUUAGACCUGCUUAUAAAUGAUCUUACAUAUAAAGGACUAACGCUUAAAGAAUUCGACCUAUACGAAGGCAGCUUCCGGCGCACAUUCCUGCACGUGAAAGACGCAGCUCUAGCUUUUAUCUUUGCCGUUGAGCAUGCGUCCGAAAUGAAAGGACAGGCCUAUAACGUAGGUGACGAAAAAAUGAACAUGACAAAAUCACAAGUGGCACAGCUUAUUCAGAAAAAUGUUGAAGGCUGCAAAAUUACUGAGUCAAAUUCAGGCGUAGAUAAAGACAAAAGAGACUAUGAAGUGUCGUAUGCAAAAAUCCGGAAGCUCGGGUACCAGUCAACAAUAUCUGUAGAGCAGGGAAUCAGGGACAUGCUUAAAGUGCUUCCGCAUAUACUUCCUGUUGAACUUGGCAGGUGCAAAAAUGUUUAAAAAUUUCAUUCGAAGUUUGACUUUAAUACAAACAAAAAUAUUUCAAGAUUUAAUUUGAACGGAAAUUUGAUAAGGCUUAUUCACAAGAACAAAGUGAUUAGAUUUUGACGAUCUCACUAUGUAAGAAAGUUCUGAUGAUGCAUAAAAAUGAAGUUUCAUCGAAAUCAUCUUGUAGGGUCGGUUACAUCUUUUAUUAUUUCAAAUUUUUACCGGAAAUAUCAUUACAUUCAUUCAGAUUUUUUUUUCUACUUUUACUUUAUUGCUGGCAACGAGGUGGCUCAUUCUUUUGUUCAUUUAUCUAGUUAUUGUAUUAUUUAUUAUUAUAAUUAUUUAUUUAUUUAUUUAUUUAUUAAACAUUUGGAGACUGUUUAAUGACAGUAAGGGUGUUUGUUAAAAUUAUACCACUCGUGAGAAAUAAUUAAUGUCAUAUUAAAAUUAAAACCAAUGUUAGACAUUUUUAUGUAAGCUGUUAAAAACCCCUUCCCGGAACAGGAAAUCUGGUUAGUUGCUUCGCAGCGAUUUCUAGAUUUUUUUUCUAGAAUUUACAGGAGUCAUUUAUAAAAUUAUGGAUUAUGUAAAAACCACAUGCUUCAAACAGUAAAGCAACUUUAAUAGGCCAAAUUUUCGCAAAGAUAUUAUUUCAAAUAUGCCUCGUUAUUGAUGGUUUUCUGCAGCAAGAUUUGACUAAGGGAAACGGUUGCCAACUUGUUAAGGUGUCUGCCUCUUAAGCCUGUGAUAAUGGGUUCGAGCCCUAAUCGGGUCAUGACAUCGUUUCUUUAUAUGACACCAGUACUGGUUGGUUUGGAAAGUGAUUAAUAUAAGUUGCAAGAACUUGUUUCGAAAUCGAGCUUAUAUAAAUGACUCGCUAGCAUUUCAGCCUUUGUCUAUCCAAGUCAAGUCAAGUCAAACACAUAAAAUAGCGGCGUUCUUAAUUUCUCGUCAUUUAAAUGUUCUAUUACUUUGUAAAAUCUGGAGCCGGUGAGAUAAGUACAUUUCUUUGACCACAUAUUUUAAAUCCACAAUGGUAAAGGAUAACAUAUUUUGUAUCCUAGAAUUAUUUUACCUUCUUUCGGUUGGUGUUAAGUCACAUCGAUACUGUAAAAAUCAAUUAACAACUUUCAAGCUUUACGAUUGGAGCGGAGAUCAUGCACGGGUAGAAACAUCAACCUUUUGUUGUCUGGAUGGGUAUAUUUCUGACAUCAUUGUCAUAAAAUAUCAUUAGUUUCCUGGCGGGAUUCGAACUUAAGAAAUUAGGUCACCUGAAUCAGGUCUGAAUCCACUUCCAAGAGGUAUGCAGUACUGGCCUGAAUGUUAUAAAAAACUUUUUUUGUGAGUUCUGUCACAAAUAUCAAGAUUUUCAUUGGUCAGUGUACAUUCUGUGACAGUUUCUGACCAAUCAAAUACAUGAGGUCUAAGCUUAGGGAUUUUCUUUAAAACCUUUGACCUCGAUAUAUUAACAGGAAAUACAGCCAUGGUACAAGUAGGGCUCAGACCUACGACCCCGGGUUAAGCUUAUAAACUUUUUCCAAAGCAGAUUAUUUAUUAUCCUUCAAAAGUUGCCAUUAUACAAUAGAAAAUGUUGACAUCAUUAUUCACAAAGGGUCUUUUGAAAGACCCUGAUUAACAGAAAUGUCUGAAAGAAUUUUUUUUCUUCAAAAUCAGAGCAACAUUAUGCUCAUUUUUUUCAUGGUCAAGUUGGCCUGAAUUGAUUAUAUACCGGUAUUUCAAAAGAUAAACUAUUAAUUAUAUUGGUGAUUGACCAACAGUUAAUAAAUAGAACGACUUUUACGUUACAGAUAAUUUCAGAUAGACAUUUACAGCAAAUUACUUAAGCCACGCGAGUUAUUUAUCGUUCAUGUGGAGCAAAUUAUGAAAUUGAAAGGAAUUAUGACAAAAUGUAAACUUAUUUCGACUUUUACUUAUUCAUUAACUAUAUACAUAUACCCUUGGAAGGCAUAAUGUCAUUUUAAAUUUACUAUAUACUGUUUAUAGCAUGUUACUCCUGUUCAAGUUAUAAUUCUAUUAUUGUAUUGUAAGAAAAAACAGCAUGAACUUUAUUUCACCAUAGAUUAUGUGAUAACU